AUGUCGCCUCACCCAUCUACCGGAUCGAGCCACCGGAGCUCUGGUAGCAGUUACUCGGGGGGCUCCGGGUCGAGGCAUCUCCGGAGGUCACUUCAAGAACUGAUCGACGCUCUCCUCACCCACCGCGUCAAUACCCUCACGGAACUCUGUCGCAUAGAGAAGGUUGCGGCCGCCUGCGAGAGGGCCGAAGAGACCCAGGCAUUCCAAGAGCCCAUGACGCUGGCGUGGAACUACUACGUCACCAGCAACCAGUUCCUGAUGGAGCUGCAGGGCCUCACGAGAGCGUACCCGUUCCACGGGGAUAUAGUCCACGAUGCGCACAUGCAAGUUCGCAGUGAUCCGGAUUCGAAUCGCAGUUGGAACCUUGCUUGGCUGAUCUUGACCAAAAUCAAAGAAGAGAACUUGAUUUCCGAGUACGCCGCUCUGGAAGCAAAUAAGCCCGAGAUGUGGGGCGGGCGGGACCCGUCGCCGCAAGAGGCGCAGCAGCUACGCAUGCUAUUCGAGGACGAGUGGACAAGGGCCGUGAACCGUAUGCUGCGGCAUUGGACGAGCCCGCCGACUUGGUAUUAA